AUGGCGGAGCUCCGUCACUCCUCCUCAAUCGGUUCCCGAACUGCUUCUUCUCCGAUGAAGCGCGAAGGCACGGGCGCCGGCGAUUCAUCACCACUCAUUCCGGAAAAUGACCUCUCCGAUGACGAUCGCCACUCUCCUAAGGACCGGGACCGUCCUUUCUGCUCGCAUUUUCAUCAGCUUUGCUCCUACUUCACCGACGACCAUAGGGUUCCUCUUCACAAUUCCAGGAUCUCGAUAUUCUUCACCUUGCUUCUACUUCUCGCUGGCUUGCUCGCCUUGUUCACGAUCCUCCAUAAAUUGAAUUCCCCUUACUUGUGUAAAAAAGACGGGAUUGUUCUUCACUGUCCACAUGUCAAAGAAUCAGCAUCUCUUUGGGAAAAUCCUUACUCAUCGACAACAUCGUGGAAGCCGUGUGCUGAGCGCAGAGAUGGUGCCAUAUCAGAACUUCCUCAGGAAAAUGCAACAAAUGGCUAUAUAUUCAUUCACGCUGAAGGUGGUCUAAAUCAGCAAAGAAUUGCGAUAUGCAAUGCAGUGGCUGUUGCAAAAAUAAUGAAUGCCACUCUUAUUUUGCCUGUAUUGAAACAGGACCAAAUUUGGAAAGACCAAACGAAAUUUGAAGACAUUUUUGAUGUGGACCACUUCAUUGACUACCUAAAGUAUGAUGUCCGUAUUGUCCGCGAUAUCCCAGAAUGGUUUACUGAUAAAACAGAGCUAUUUUCUAGUAUAAGACGAACUGUGAAGAACAUUCCAAAAUAUGCACCCGCACAAUUUUACAUCGACAAUGUUCUGCCUCGCAUCAAGGAGAAAAAGAUUAUGGCUCUGAAACCAUUUGUUGAUAGGCUAGGAUAUGACAAUGUUCCUUCAGAAAUCAACAAGUUGAGAUGUAGGGUCAAUUAUCAUGCUCUGAAGUUUCUUCCCGAUAUAGAGCAGAUGGCAGAUUUACUAGCAUCGAGGAUGAGAAACCGAACAGGCAGUUCAAACCCAUAUAUGGCAUUGCAUCUUAGAUUUGAAAAAGGAAUGGUGGGUCUAUCGUUUUGUGAUUUUGUGGGGACAAGAGACGAGAAAGCUAAAAUGGCAGAAUAUAGAAAAAAGGAGUGGCCUCGACGGUAUAAGAAUGGUUCCCACUUGUGGCAAUUGGCUCUGCAGAAGCGAAAGGAAGGACGUUGCCCUCUAGAGCCUGGCGAAGUGGCUGUUAUUCUUCGGGCUAUGGGCUAUAUGAAGGAAACUCAAAUUUAUGUAGCCUCUGGACAAGUUUAUGGUGGACAGAAUCGGAUGGCUCCUCUGAGGAAUAUGUUCCCUAAUCUGGUUACAAAGGAGGAGUUGGCAACUAAAGAGGAGUUAGAUGGUUUCAGGAAGCAUGUAACGAGUCUUGCAGCUCUUGAUUUCUUAGUGUGCUUGAAGUCAGAUGUGUUUGUGAUGACCCAUGGAGGCAAUUUUGCUAAGCUGAUAAUUGGGGCCCGAAGAUACAUGGGUCACCGUCUAAAGUCAAUUAAGCCUGACAAAGGACUAAUGUCAAAGUCUUUUGGGGAUCCGUACAUGGGUUGGGCUCCUUUUGUAGAAGAUGUUAUUGUGACUCAUCAGACACGGACGGGAUUGCCAGAAGAGACUUUCCCUAAUUACGACCUGUGGGAGAACCCUCUGACUCCUUGCAUGUGUAAAGCCUGA